AUGAUAAGUGGGGGAGAUGUCUACAAGGUAAUCGAAGCAAUGGUUCCACUCUAUGUAGCCUUAAUCUUAGGCUACGGUUCGGUGAAAUGGUGGAACAUAUUCACUCGCGAUCAAUGCGAUGCCAUAAACCGGCUCGUUUGCUAUUUCACCCUACCGCUCUUCACCAUCGAGUUCACGGCUCAUGUUGACCCAUUCGACAUGAACUACCGCUUCAUUGCAGCCGAUGUCCUCUCUAAGGUCCUCAUAGUCACGGUCUUAGCGGUCUGGGCCAAAUAUGGCAGCAAAGGAAGCUAUUGUUGGUCCAUAACCAGUUUCUCUCUAUGCACUCUUACCAACUCCCUUGUCGUGGGUGUUCCACUGGCUAAGGCGAUGUACGGACAACAGGCGGUUGAUCUCGUAGUUCAAUCCUCGGUGUUUCAAGCAAUCGUGUGGCUCACACUCUUACUGUUUGUCUUGGAGUUUAGAAGAGCCGGGUUUAGUAGUGAUAAUAAGGCAGAUAACAUCAAUAUCGAAGGUGGUAAAAGAGAAACUGUGGUUGUGGGAGAGGAGAAGUCGUCCCUUGAAGUCAUGUCCCUCGUGUGGCUGAAGCUUGCAACGAAUCCGAAUUGCUAUUCUUGUAUCAUUGGGAUCGCAUGGGCUUUUAUUUCCAACAGAUGGCAUUUUGAGAUGCCCGGCAUAAUGGAGGGAUCAAUUCUUAUAAUGUCAAAAGCAGGAACAGGAACUGCCAUGUUCAACAUGGGAAUAUUCAUGGCGCUUCAAGAGAAGUUGAUAGUAUGUGGAACAAGCUUGACUGUGAUGGGGAUGGUCUUGAAGUUUAUUGCCGGGCCUGCUGCCAUGGCCAUCGGCUCUAUCGCUGUUGGCCUCCACGGCGAUGUCCUCCGCGUCGCCAUCAUUCAGGCUGCUUUGCCACAAUCAAUCACUUCGUUCAUUUUUGCUAAGGAAUAUGGAUUACAUGCAGAUGUUCUAAGCACAGCGGUGAUAUUUGGGAUGUUGGUCUCUCUACCUGUGCUUCUCGCCUACUACGCAGCUCUGGAGUUCAUUCAUUAG